AUGUUCCUGCCCCAGAGAGCUCUGCAGCUGGUUACAUUUUUGGCAAUUCUCUUUUUUGCUUGUUUUGCAACAUGUCAAGACAUUGAAAGCAGGAGAGCGGUGACCGAGCACCAGCUGAUGCAUGACAAGGGGAGGGCGUUCCAGGGGCUGAAGCGCCUGAUGUGGCUGCACCACGCCCUGGGCAGCGUGCACACAGCCAGCAGCAGGGAUAUUUCGCUUGCAGAUGCCAUGUGGGAUUCGCAGGAGAGCCAGGAUCCGUCGGAUCUCUACGACCUCAUCAGCAGAGAGCAGAGUUAUGUGAAGACCCCCAAGGCUAACUGGAACCCACAAGACCUUUUCGACCUCCUUCAAAUCAAAGAGCUGGGUGGCAAGAGAGAUCCUGUGAGCCAGCCCCAGCACUAUUCCCACUAG